AUGACAGACGCAGGUGUUCCAGACAUUGGUUGUCACCACGGGACCCCAUGCCUCACACUGCGAGACCUUCUCUCCACCCACGCAAGAUCAUGUUGUGUAUCUGGUGGACUACUUGUCAAGUGGUGCACUAAUGAGCUCCUGACAGUGAGCCAAACAAUCACGGUAGGCCUGUACUCGCAGCAGUUGGAACGUGUGCACAAGGCACUGAUGCAUAAAGAGCCAGCAUUUGUCAAUCGUAAGGGUGAACUCCUCCAUGAGAAUAUUCCUCGGUGGGAAAGAAUGGUCUUUAUGAUUAAGCUACCGCCUGCUUUAGUCAUGUCUCCCCCAGCAGAUCCUCGAGGUAAAGAUGACAGAAUCUCCCUUUUAAAGAGUCUUCAUCGCCCCUACGGUCACAUGGACAACGGUUCGCAGACAUACGGACAAGAAGCCCCAGUCCAGCAGCAAUUCAGUCAUCAACAACAUCAGCGAAAUAGUGCUUUUAGCCAAAUCGAACCUCAUAAGGUCUUCUGCCUCAGGCAACAAUUUCUUAUGGCAGCAGCAAUCAUCGUCGUCAGCAGUUUAGUUGUUUUCGUGCUCUUCAUUACGACCUUUAGGAAAGUGCCAAAUGACGAUUCCUUUCUGAAAUUAAAUAGCAUAUUGGGAACUCAAGAACUAAGCUCGUCACGUGGAGAAGUGGCAGUUAAAACCAGUUGCGGGCACGUCAUCGGAAAAUCAGAAGAUGGCUCGUAUGUCUUUAAAGGCAUUGCAUAUGCAAAACCUCCAGUGGGUCCUUUACGGUGGAGAAAACCCGUGCCUUUGUGGGUGGACACGUGGUGCGAUGAACACCAGACUCAGGAAGCUUUCCACUUCGGAUCCAAGUGUUUCCAACUCAAUCCUUACAGCAAGCACUACGAAGGCAACGAAGAUUGUCUUUUCCUCAAUGUAUGGACACCGUCACUCGAUUCUUCGGUAAGUAGCUGA